ACGAAAAAGUGUACCUUAUUUGGAUUUUAGCUUUUAUAAUGAAGAAUUGUGAAGUAUCUUGCAAUUUUCACUAGUUCGUUAAAAUUAACAUGCUUCAACUCCAACUUUCAGUUUCAAAUUCAUAUUAAAUUUUUAAAUUUAAGUUUUUAAGUUUAACUGUUAGUGUUAAAGUAUCUGGAAACAACUUUUUUAGAAUUUAAUGUAUGAAUUAUACCGAUCACAAGUAAAAUUAAUUAAGUUGAAAAGUAGAAACAAACUUAAAUAUAUUAAAACAUAAAAAUUUGAUUCUGUUUUGUUUGUAUUUCCACAGAGAUUCUUUUCAGUUUUUUUUUUGGCUGUACUGUACAGUGAGUUUUAGGGAAGAGACUUAUUUAGUUGACAUGAUAAAUUUUACUAAGUUGAUUUGCAAUAGGCAAGUAGCCUAAGCUAAUGAGUAGUAUAAAAUGAAAUCAAAUUUAAAGUUAGUUUUGUCUUUAAAAUUUUAUUGGCCACCCAACAUCACGACUAUCAUUAUAAGCAUCAUGACAGCAAAUUACAAACUGAAUUAGAUGUACCAUAUAACAGACAAUAACGUAUAAGCAGGCCAUUGGUUAGGCCACAUUUGGAGCACUGUGUUCAGUCUUGGACUAACUAACCUUAGGAAGAAUAUUGAAUUGUUGUAAGUGGUUCAGAGAAGGGCUACUGGUAUGGAAAGGUUAUUAUAGACAGACAGAGUUGCACAAAAUGUCUAUGAAGGAUCAUUUAACUUCGUUUGGAGGUGAGGCUGGCAUAGAUGAAGCUGAUGCUCUAGGGUUGCCUUUUUUUUUGAGAAAAAAACCUGUACCAUCUACUUACCUGUCCAGUCAUCCUGACAGUGAGGAGUACAACAUGAAACAUCCAAAAAGAGGAAAAUGCCUGAUAUUUAACAACAAAGAUUUCGAACCGCAUACCAACUUAAAAGAAAGAAAGGGCAAUCAUCGAGAUGUUGAACAACUCUAUUGUUGUUUUAGAGAAUUAGACUUUGAAGUUGUCAUACACUGUAAUUUAUCUGUUAAAAAAAUUAAAAUUGAAUUGGAAAAAGUUAGUAAAGAAAAUCAUUCAGAGAGCGAUUGUUUUAUUUGCUGUGUCUUGACACAUGGAGAUCGUGGUGUUUUGUAUGGCCGAGAUGGUAGGUUUCCUACAGAAGUGAUGUUUUCUCCAUUUACUGGUGAUAUGUGUACAACCUUAGCAGGUAAACCCAAAAUGUUUUUUAUACAAGCUUGUCAAGGGGAUAAGUUGGAUAGAGGGGUCACUUUAUUAUUAGGGAAAGAUGAAGCUGAUGCUGCCACACAGUUUUUCAAGAUACCCACCCAUGCUGACUUUCUUAUAAGCUAUUCCACUGUGCCUGGGUUCUGUUCUUUCAGGAAUACUAAUAAUGGAUCAUGGUUUAUACAAGCAUUGUGUAAUGUGUUGAAAACUCAAGCCAAAGACAGUGAUCUACAGAGUCUAAUGACAGUAGUCUGUCGUAAAGUUGCAUAUGACUUUGAGUCCUGUAAGCCAGAUGAUCCAAAAAUGAGCAGGAUGAAACAAAUGCCUUGCAUAAGUUCGACGCUCACCAGGAAAAUCUUUUUUCAUCCAAAAUUUUAGUAGAUUUCUUGUAUAAAAUUGUAAAGUUCAGACUUGGAUUAUGAUGAAAUAUAUUAAUGAUUUUAUAUCAUGUUUGUAGUGUGCAAACUGUAUAGACAUUAUAUUAUGAAGGUUUUACUUAGUAGUGCAUUGGUAAAACGUUUUUUUUCUUGAGAAGCUGAAAUUUUAUGGGGUUCAUAAAAUUCAGUUUUAUGUAAUUAUAUUAAAACCCUAAUAACAGUAGUCCAGCUUGUGACAAUUAUAGUUUAACCCUUUGAGUGCAUAAUUAAAUUUUGGGGGGUUCUCGGAAAGUGUCAAUUAUCUACUAAAAAAGGAAAUUUAGUAUUUCACCUCUUUUAGUACUUUUUUCAAUAUUGAAAUCCACUAGUUGCACUUUUUCUCAGUGAUGUAUGCACAUGCACAGUUCUAGGGCAGGAAAAUCAAGGAUGUGUGAGUAUCCCAAUUGUCGCACUGUGAGGAAAAGUUUUUGUGACACUGUAGGAUAAAUCUGCUUGUUGCACCAAAAGGCUAUAAAUGUCAAGUUGGAUAAAUUUGAUUAUAGCAUCCAAAGGAUUAAAUUUGGAUAAAUAAAUAUACAUUUUUUUCCACUUAUGAGAGCUGUGCUCUUGUUUAAUUUACUUACAUUUAAUGAGAGACUUUUAUUAGUGUUUUAUUUGUGAAAAUGCACUGUUUUUCAUUUAAAAAAAUAUAACUUUUUAUUUCUGGUGAUUUGGAUUUAUUUUAUACUGCAUAUUGCAUUUAACAAAAUAUUGCACACAAUAGUAAAUGGGAAAAUAAAGUCUUACAAAAACUUAGAUGUAUGUCUUAGAGGUGAUGUUUUUUAUUUUAAAAGUGUCAAUUUUGUAAAAGUUUACAUUUCUUUAGCAUUUAAUAUUAGGUCAGGUAAAUGAUAUGUUAGUCAAAUGCCACAAGCUACAGUUACUGUUGAAGUUAAUGUGGUAGCUUGAAUAAGAAAUAUCAUUUUUUUUUGUGAUAAAUUUAGUUAUGAGAUUACAAGUAUGAUUUAAAGUGUGUGUUCAGUAAAAUUUCUUUGGUUUUUUUAUCAGUUCAGAUCAAAGUUGUUUUUUUUUAUAUUUUCAUUCUCUUUGUAAAACUUUUAAAAAUUAAUAUAGUACAAAACUAGGUAUAUUUCACCAUAAUUCUACUAUCACUAGCUUUUUUAUUUUUUUCUGGGAAGCACUGCAUGGGAAAAGUGUUCGAAUUGUGCUCUUUAGUCAUAUCCAGCAUUUCUACCAAGUUUAAAGCCUACCCGUUUUGUCAUUUCGGACUUAUCUGUAUUUAUUAUUUCUUUAAAUAGAUAGGUAGAUAUCUAGACGGUCACGCCAUUUCAUCACUAUAGUAAAAUUUUCUUGUGAUAAGUUUUCUAAACUUUUAAUCCUAACUGUGUUUGUAGGUAUUAUGGUGAGAAAUAGUUAAAGUGGUUUGUAUUUCAUUUACUUAAAUGUGUGCAAUAAAUAUAUUGUUAUAA